AUGAUCCCUAAGUGUGAACCGUACCUAUUCUCCCAAUCGACUAUAACAACUACAAGUCUUCCAGUAGGGGAUGCUUUGUCCAACGAAGGAGCAAAGCGUAAGUUCGCUGAGAAAAUUGACGAGUAUGCAGUCCCGGAGGUGACCAACGUCUCCCCAUCCUCUACCGAAACCAGCGCAACGGUCACCAAAAAGUUGAGAAGUUCGCCAACACCAGGAGAACGAGAUGGUUCCUGUGCAGUGCCAACGACAUCUCCAUCCGCUGAAUAUAAGAGGUGGCUUCUGCCGUUGAAAUGCCGAUGUGAACGUGCCUUUGAGGAGAUUGAACAGUUUUUGGCACAUACGCGAGAAUGCAGUACAAUGCUCGCAUCUGUUAUGAACAUUUCCCCUCCAAACCCUCCAAACCCUGCCUGCACAGUCGAGUCCAGCCAGGAGCGUACACUACCGGACAACGACAGGGUAGUAGGUGGGACUACAGCUGACGGAAAGGCUGCCAACCUGGCGGUGACAGACCUCUCUCGCCCUUUCAAGUGCUGCCAUUGUGUAAAAUCAUUCAAAUCCAAGGCCCUGCUUGAUCAGCACAUGCACAUCCAUUAUCCACCGAAGUACACAUGUCGAUAUUGUGCUAAAAAGUACCGCUGGCCGCCUGUCUUCUAUCACCAUCAGCGAACCUGUAAGAAGAGACCCCCAGCUACUACCACUUGUCCAUCAUCCAUCAACGGCAAUCCGACCGAAGCACUGCGAACAUCCGCUUCAAGUGGUUUGAUGGCCGGCUCCCAUCUCUGUGCGCCAUCCCGAGCAUCCACACAGCAUAGCCAGUCGCCUACGCUACGAUUCCAGCUCCCCAGCUUCCCCUCUCCAACGUCUGGCAUGGUACCUCUUCCAACCCUACCGUCAGUUUCGCUGCCAAAUCCUCUUCUGUUCUACAACUCUACGAAUCCCUCCAACUUUUUGGGUUUUCCAGCGAAUCCAAACAGCAUAGGGGCACCGAACCUGCUGGAGUCUGGGUCUGCCGAGAGCAAAAUGCAAGCCCCAGCCAGAUGCACAUGUGGGACCGAAUUCGACAGUUUGCCUUAUUACCUCAGUCAUAUUGGACAGUGCCGUCUUUUCGGUAAAAUUAUUCCGCCUCCAGCGCUAUCGCGUAUGACCCAACCACAACAGCAACAGGUACCAAAGACCGCUGUGGAUGCUUUGACGAAAAGUGUCCAAAUGCAACCUUCGCCGCAGUUUACCCUGCCUCCCGUCAAUCCGGAUAAUGCGGGAAAAUUGUUUCCUUUCAUCGGCCUCGACAGUCUCUUUCCUGCAAUGUUGCAAAACAGUCUGAAGAACUUGCUGCCUCCAUCGCCGACCGGUGAAACCGGCUGCAGCAAUGCUGACGUUAGGCAGGAGGAGUCGGACAACAGUCCAAAGUCACCGUCGACCGACGAGCCUUCUGCAUCGACCCUGACGAACAUGAUACUGACCAUGAAUGCCUUCAUCCAAAGCCGGAAACAGCAGUUACAGAAGGGUUGGGAAAAUGAUGUCGACAUGAAGGAGCAAAGACAUGCCAAUAACUCACCGCUACCCGACCCCACCGCUUCCCUUAUGAUGAUGACAAUGGCCAAUAUGUUUGCAAAAAUCGCCACGGCAGCGGCGGCAUCUGCGGCGCCUCCUGCAUCACCGUCUGACAAACCACAGCAGGAAGUCUUACCUGCUGCAGCCCCACUGCCACCGCUGCUACCGCCGACGCAAUUCUGUUCCCCCGCUGACCUCGGAUUCAAGUUCUUUCCGCCGAAGCUUGACUUGUCAGUUGGCGUUGGAGGUGAAAGCGCC